UGUCCUCCAGUAAUAAAUUCGAGUCGCCGGUUUCGUCGAGAACUUCCAGUCCGACGACGAUGGGUUGUCAUCAGCCGACGACGACGAUGAUGAUGAUGAUGGAGGACGUCGACGAGGAGGACGAUGAUAACGUCUCUUCGUCCAAAUGUAUGUCUGAAGAUGAGAUCAGCGUCGGAUGUCCGAGUCCGAUGCCGACGUCUUCGCCUCAACGCAACAACGACACGACCACGGCGAGCAUCACCACCGAUCUGCAGGACGUCGUCGUUUCAGGCGUCGGCUGCAGAUGUCCCGAAUCCUCCGACCCGGAGGAUUACUUCAAACCUCUGAAGAAGCUCAAGAUGGUCGACAGCGAUGGGCGGCGGCGAUCUCUCGACGACGUCGCUGCUGCUGCUGCUGCAGCCGACGUCGACGCGGACGUCGCGGACGAUUCGAGGGCGACGUCCGACGGCGGCGUCAAGAGUUUCUCCAUCGUCGACAUACUGAACCAUCGACCGGCGACGAAGGCGCAACCCACGCGAAUCGUCAGGCCCUGGGACCUGGACACGACCACCGCCACCACAGACGAAGAAGACCGGUUUCACCGGCAGCUGAAGGUGCAGCAGCAGUUGGCGUUGCUGCGGCCGGAAUUCGCGAGCGCCUUCGCCAACGCCAGUUACACCUCGGAAACGGGAAGCGACAGAUCGUCGAGCGUCGCCAGCGACUGCUGCUCCCCGGACAUCGUCGUUCCGUCGGCAGCUGCUGCUGCGGCUGCAGUACACUCGCAACGGCAGAGGGUUGCCGGUUCCUCGCAGAAGACGCCCUCCGGAACACCGCUGGACGCCCUCUUCCAGAUGACUAGCAAAACCUUCGACUCCAACGCCGCCGAAACGAACGCAGACGGUCAGAGCCACCUGAAUCUGUUCAACAAUCGUCAGCAGCCGAAGAAGAAGCGAAAGUCGCGGACGGCGUUCACGAAUCAUCAGAUCUUCGAGCUGGAGAAACGUUUCCUGUAUCAGAAGUACCUGAGUCCGGCGGAUCGUGACGAGAUCGCGUCCAGUUUGGGUCUGACGAACGCGCAAGUCAUCACCUGGUUUCAGAAUCGCAGGGCGAAACUGAAGCGCGACAUGGAGGAGCUGAAGAAGGACGUCGAAAGUGCGAAGAUUCUGACGGCGCACAAGAGUUUCCUGGAGAACGUUCAAGAUUUAGGGAUACUGAAGAAGAAGGCGAUUUUGGCGAACGACGAUUGCCCGAAGAACCUGAUAGUCGGUCACGACAAAUAG